AUGGCAACAAAUACAACUGCCAGCAACAUCGAAGAGACGUGUCUCGUGAUGUUUGACAAUGUCUUGCAGCUGGGUGAGCUUUUUUGGGUCGAGGCCGAAGUUGAGUAUGCAACAGACGAGAACUUUCAUUUUGAAUUUCGCCUCACUCCAGCUAUUGCGAAAAAGCCAAUUCUACCUGCAUCUCAUCCAGGACGUGUCCACGCCGUUGGUCCCUUUGUCAACCCAGAUCCAAAGUUCGUCAUUGCCCAUGUAGGUGCAUCGCAGCAUGUACUCGAGCUGAAUAAGUAUUGCGUCUACCGGCCGCACCUCGUCCUGCACACCAAAUUAUUUCGUCUACAAACCGAGGCCCUCGAUGAGCACGAUAUUGAGGCAUUUUGGGUCGUGUUCGGAAUGAUGAAUACUGAUCAAAUGAUGAUCUAUAACUGUGGUAUCAAUGGUGGCUCGUCACAGGGCCACAAACACAUGCAGAUCAUACCUGAGCCAGAUCCGAACCGCUUCAAACUAUUUCCCGAUAAAUUUAAACUCCCUACAGAUGUACCGACUUGUGCGAGCGGUAUCCCGUAUAGGCACUGGAUGAUAGGAAUCCCCGACGAUGCGGACUCAAAGGCUGUCUUUGUUAGACAUGAAGAAAUUAUGAAGCCAUUAGUCGCAUUGCUCUCAGCCAUGAAAGCCAAACUAGAGUACAACGUAGUUGCUACAAAAAGAUGGAUUAUUGUAAUACCUAGAAUGUAUCGAGGUCACGAAGGUGCGGGUGUCAAUGGCGCUGGUAUGAUGGGUAUGGUUUGGGUAUCAAGUCAAAAAGAGCGGCAGUUAUGGUCAGAACAGGGCCUAGUGGAAUACCUUAAGAUUCUAGGUGUUCCCAUCUAA